CACAGCCCGAAGUUACGACUGCACAGAAAAGAGAGAAAGAAAAGUGAGAUAGACAAAGAGUGAGAGCGGGGGGAGAAAGGGGUGAAAAAGUCAUUAAAGACAAGGAGAGUUCUUCAACAACAACAAAACCCCACUCAGACAUCAUCGGACGGUUGAGACAGAGAACUUUUCGCGGCUGUGGCAGAAAGGCAUGUGCGACGGAGGAUGCUCAUGCCAAGGUGUUAAACUUUUUUGGAAGCAGUGAACUGCUCCCAGAAAACAAAAAAGUGGUGUAUCAGAGGAGGGCAUCCCGCAGUGCUUGCGCACCUGGCGGAGCUACUAGCCCAGUCUAGUGGAGAACACAAGGGUACACUGUGGUGAGCUCAAGGCUAUACAAUGGCUGAUGAAGAGGACACAAGAGAAGUGCUCUUCCCUCAGUGGAUGGGCGCAGAUAAACAUGGGCUUACAAUAGAGCAAAAGGGUCAUGGAGAGAUUUUUGUCAAGGAAGUGAAAGAAGAAUCCCCUGCUGCACAUACUGGGAGAGUAUUUGAAGGUGAUCAAAUCGUUGGUGCCACUGUCUACUUUGAGAAUAUGAGCUCAGAAGAAACACAAGAGUUAUUGAAGACUCUUAACAAACACAAAGUUGGACUAAAACUACAGCACAAGACUGGUGACAAAUCACCUUGUCGUUCUCCUAUGGGCACAUUGUCAUGGGAAGCACGAAGUGGAUAUGGAGUUUCUAGUCCUGAUAUCAUCUUGAGUGGGGAUGACGAGGACUACAGGAGAAUCUACACUAAGAAAAUUAAGCCCAGACUGAAGUCUGAGGACCUUGCAGAGGGAGUUGAUGUACGUACAGAACGUCACAGCAGCACGAGCAGUGAUGGCAGCACCAUUACAACCAUUACUCGGCGUAUAACUACAUACACUGUGGACAUACCAGGGGGAUCUGGCGAGCAACAGAUUGAUAUUUCAAGCCCAGAAUUCAAAAUUAAUGUUUCAGAGGGGAGCUCUCCUCAAAUUAAAUUGCCUCAUGGGAACAUAAUAAGUAGGGUCAGUGGGCAUGAAGGUUUAGAUCUGGGAGAAGGUAAAGUAAGAGAUCCAGAGGGCUCCUCUGAGAAGCACUGGAGUACAGCGCAUAUAAAAACAUCACUUACAACAAAAGAAACAGAGGGAUGUGGAAAAGAUAUGAAAUUUAAUAUAUAUGACACUGGACUGUCAGGAACAAAAACACAUGGGGGAGAAGGGUCUUCUGAAUGGACUCAGCAUAUUAGCAGCGUAAAAGGCAAAGGCUCACAUGCAUUAGACACAAACACAGGUUAUGCUGAUCUCUCACUUACACUAGGUGCAGGGGCAGAUAAGGAUCAAUUAAACAAUAGUGAUCAAAUGUUGAAAAUGAAACAUGAGGUUAACAUUUCAGGUAUAGAGGCUGAAAGGGAUAUCAAAGCACCUACAAUUAACAUUAGUGCUCAAGAGGUCUCAGCAGGAGAAGGUAAGGUGUCAAAAAUAAAAUUAUCAUCAAUUGAAAUUAAAGGCCCAAAAGCUGACAAGAGUGAUGCAGACAAACAAUUGUCCAUAGGUGAUGUUGACAUGAAAGCAGCACAAAUAGAAAUCAAGACUCCUGGUGUUAUAGGCCAGAAGCUGAAUAUGACGUCAAUUUCAGGUUCAGAAACAGCUAAAGUGGAUGUUCAUAUUAAAGGCCCAAAAGUAAAAGGGGAAGUUGCAGGUUCAGUUCCAAAAAUGCAAGGGGAACUCAAGGGAUCUAAAGCUGAUAGUGAGGGCAUUGAAGGGGGUAUCAAAAUGGCAAAAAUAAAAGUACCAUCAUUUGGACUCGAGAGCCAAAAGGUUGAAGGUCCGGAUGCAAAUAUGAGUCUUGCGAAAGCUGAAAUUGAGAUAAAAGAACCAACUUUAGAUGUUGAUGUAGGAAUUGAGGGAAAACAGAAGAGUCAAACCAAGAUGCCAUCAAUUUCCUGUCCAAAGAUCACCAAGCCAGAUGUAGAUUUCAACAUUAAAGGGCCUAAAUUAAAAGGAGAAGUUGAUGUUUCAAAAGUUGAAGGUGAUAUUAAAGCAUCUAAUGGAGACUUUAAAUGUCCAAGUAAAGAUAUCAAGGCACCAGAUGUUAACAUUGAGGGACCUGAGGGAAAAGUGAAAGGUCCAGAAUUCAAGAUGCCAUCAAUUUCUGGUCCAAAGAUCUCCAUGCCAGUUGUGGAUUUCAAUCUAAAAGGCCCUAAACUAAAAGGAGAUGUUGAUGUUUCAGUACCAAAAGUUGAAGCUGAUAUCAAAGCACCUAAAGUGGAUAUCAAAGGUCCAGAUGUUGAUAUUGAGGGCCCUGAAGGCGGCUUUAAAAUGCCAAAAGUGAAAAUGCCAUCAUUUGGAGGAUUUAAGGGUCCAAAAGUUGAAGGGCCUGAAAUUGAUGUUAGUCUUCCAAAAGGUGACAUGGACAUAAAAGGACCAGAGGUAAACAUCACCGUGCCACAUGUUGACAUUGAGGGACCAGGAAAAGUGAAAGGUUCAAAAUUCAACAUGCCAACAAUUUCUGGUCCAAAGAUCUCUAUGCCAGAUGUGGAUUUCAAUCUAAAGGGCCCUAAACUGAAAGGAGAUGUUGAUGUUUCAGUACCAAAGGUUGAAGCUGAUAUCAAAGCACCUAAAGUGGAUAUCAAAGGUCCCCAGGUUGACAUUGAGGGCCCUGAAAGUGGCUUUAAAAUGCCAAAAGUGAAAAUGCCAUCAUUUGCUGGUCCAAAGAUCUCCAUGCCAGAUGUGGAUUUCAAUCUAAAAGGCCCUAAACUAAAAGGAGAUGUUGAUGUUUCAGUACCAAAAGUUGAAGCUGAUAUCAAAGCACCUAAAGUGGAUAUCAAAGGUCCAGAUGUUGAUAUUGAGGGCCCUGAAGGCGGCUUUAAAAUGCCAAAAGUGAAAAUGCCAUCAUUUGGAGGAUUUAAGGGUCCAAAAGUUGAAGGGCCUGAAAUUGAUGUUAGUCUUCCAAAAGGUGACAUGGACAUAAAAGGACCAGAGGUAGACAUUACCGUGCCGCAUGUUGACAUUGAGGGACCAGAGGGAAAAGUGAAAGGUUCAAAAUUCAACAUGCCAACAAUUUCUGGUCCAAAGAUCUCUAUGCCAGAUGUGGAUUUCAAUCUAAAGGGCCCUAAACUGAAAGGAGAUGUUGAGUUUUCAGUACCAAAAGUUGAAGCUGAUAUCAAAGCACCUAAAGUGGAUAUCAAAGGGCCCGAGGUUGACAUUGAGGGCCCUGAAGGUGGCUUUAAAAUGCCAAAAGUGAAAAUGCCAUCAUUUGCUGGUCCAAAGAUCUCUAUGCCAGAUGUGGAUUUCAAUCUAAAAGGCCCUAAACUGAAAGGAGAUGUUGAUGUUUCAGUACCAAAAGUUGAAGCUGAUAUCAAAGCACCUAAAGUGGAUAUCAAAGGUCCAGAUGUUGAUAUUGAGGGCCCUGAAGGCGGCUUUAAAAUGCCAAAAGUGAAAAUGCCAUCAUUUGGAGGAUUUAAGGGUCCAAAAGUUGAAGGGCCUGAAAUUGAUGUUAGUCUUCCAAAAUGUGACAUGGACAUAAAAGGACCAGAGGUAGACAGCACUGUGCCGCAUGUUGACAUUGAGGGACCAGAGGGAAAAGUGAAAGGUUCAAAAUUCAACAUGCCAUCAAUUUCUGGUCCAAAGAUCUCUAUGCCAGAUGUGGAUUUCAAUCUAAAGGGCCCUAAACUGAAAGGAGAUGUUGAUGUUUCAGUACCAAAGGUUGAAGCUGAUAUCAAAGCACCUAAAGUGGAUAUCAAAGGUCCAGAGGUUGACAUUGAGGGCCCUGAAGGUGGCUUUAAAAUGCCAAAAGUGAAAAUGCCAUCAUUUGCUGGUCCUAAGAUCUCCAUGCCAGAUGUGGAUUUCAAUCUAAAAGGCCCCAAACUGAAAGGGGAUGUUGAUGUUUCAGUACCAAAAGUUGAAGCUGAUAUCAAAGCACCUAAAGUGGAUAUCAAAGGUCCAGAUGUUGAUAUUGAGGGCCCUGAAGGCGGCUUUAAAAUGCCAAAAGUGAAAAUGCCAUCAUUUGGAGGAUUUAAGGGUCCAAAAGUUGAAGGGCCUGAAAUUGAUGUUAGUCUUCCAAAAGGUGACAUGGACAUAAAAGGACCAGAGGUAAACAUCACCGUGCCACAUGUUGACAUUGAGGGACCAGAGGGAAAAGUGAAAGGUUCAAAAUUCAACAUGCCAAAAAUUUCUGGUCCAAAGAUCUCUAUGCCAGAUGUGGAUUUCAAUCUAAAGGGCCCUAAACUGAAAGGAGAUGUUGAUGUUUCAGUACCAAAGGUUGAAGCUGAUAUCAAAGCACCUAAAGUGGAUAUCAAAGGUCCCCAGGUUGACAUUGAGGGCCCUGAAAGUGGCUUUAAAAUGCCAAAAGUGAAAAUGCCAUCAUUUGCUGGUCCAAAGAUCUCCAUGCCAGAUGUGGAUUUCAAUCUAAAAGGCCCUAAACUAAAAGGAGAUGUUGAUGUUUCAGUACCAAAAGUUGAAGCUGAUAUCAAAGCACCUAAAGUGGAUAUCAAAGGUCCAGAUGUUGAUAUUGAGGGCCCUGAAGGCUUUAAAAUGCCAAAAGUGAAAAUGCCAUCAUUUGGAGGAUUUAAGGGUCCAAAAGUUGAAGGGCCUGAAAUUGAUGUUAGUCUUCCAAAAGGUGACAUGGACAUAAAAGGACCAGAGGUAGACAUUACCGUGCCGCAUGUUGACAUUGAGGGACGAGGAAAAGUGAAAGGUUCAAAAUUCAACAUGCCAACAAUUUCUGGUCCAAAGAUCUCUAUGCCAGAUGUGGAUUUCAAUCUAAAGGGCCCUAAACUGAAAGGAGAUGUUGAGUUUUCAGUACCAAAAGUUGAAGCUGAUAUCAAAGCACCUAAAGUGGAUAUCAAAGGGCCCGAGGUUGACAUUGAGGGCCCUGAAGGUGGCUUUAAAAUGCCAAAAGUGAAAAUGCCAUCAUUUGCUGGUCCAAAGAUCUCUAUGCCAGAUGUGGAUUUCAAUCUAAAAGGCCCUAAACUGAAAGGAGAUGUUGAUGUUUCAGUACCAAAAGUUGAAGCUGAUAUCAAAGCACCUAAAGUGGAUAUCAAAGGUCCAGAUGUUGAUAUUGAGGGCCCUGAAGGCGGCUUUAAAAUGCCAAAAGUGAAAAUGCCAUCAUUUGGAGGAUUUAAGGGUCCAAAAGUUGAAGGGCCUGAAAUUGAUGUUAGUCUUCCAAAAUGUGACAUGGACAUAAAAGGACCAGAGGUAGACAGCACUGUGCAUGUUGACAUUGAGGGACGAGGAAAAGUGAAAGGUUCAAAAUUCAACAUGCCAUCAAUUUCUGGUCCAAAGAUCUCUAUGCCAGAUGUGGAUUUCAAUCUAAAGGGCCCUAAACUGAAAGGAGAUGUUGAUGUUUCAGUACCAAAGGUUGAAGCUGAUAUCAAAGCACCUAAAGUGGAUAUCAAAGGUCCAGAGGUUGACAUUGAGGGCCCUGAAGGUGGCUUUAAAAUGCCAAAAGUGAAAAUGCCAUCAUUUGCUGGUCCUAAGAUCUCCAUGCCAGAUGUGGAUUUCAAUCUAAAAGGCCCCAAACUGAAAGGGGAUGUUGAUGUUUCAGUACCAAAAGUUGAAGCUGAUAUCAAAGCACCUAAAGUGGAUAUCAAAGGUCCAGGGGUUGAUAUUGAGGGCCCUGAAGGCGGCUUUAAAAUGCCAAAAGUGAAAAUGCCAUCGUUUGGAGGAUUUAAGGGUCCAAAAGUUGAAGGGCCUGAAAUUGAUGUUAGUCUUCCAAAAGGUGACAUGGACAUAAAAGGACCAAAGGUAGACAUCACCAUGCCGCAUGUUGACAUUGAGGGACCAGAGGGAAAAGUGAAAGGUUCAAAAUUUAACAUGCCAUCAAUUUCUGGUCCAAAGAUCUCUAUGCCAGAUGUGGAUUUUAAUCUAAAGGGCCCUAAACUGAAAGGAGAUGUUGAUGUUUCAGUACCAAAGGUUGAAGCUGAUAUCAAAGCACCUAAAGUGGAUAUCAAAGGUCCAGAGGUUGACAUUGAGGGCCCUGAAGGUGGCUUUAAAAUGCCAAAAGUGAAAAUGCCAUCAUUUGCUGGUCCUAAGAUCUCCAUGCCAGAUGUGGAUUUCAAUCUAAAGGGCCCUAAACUGAAAGGAGAUGUUGAUGUUUCAGUACCAAAAGUUGAAGCUGAUAUCAAAGCACCUAAAGUGGAUAUCAAAGGGCCCGAGGUUGACAUUGAGGGCCCUGAAGGUGGCUUUAAAAUGCCAAAAGUGAAAAUUCCAUCAUUUGGAUUUAAGGGUCCAAAAGUUGAAGGGCCUGAUAUUGAUGUCAGUCUUCCAAAAGGUGACAUGGACAUAAAAGGACCAGAGGUCGACAUUACCAUGCCGCAUGUUGACAUUGAGGGACCAGGGGGAAAAGUGAAAGGUCCAAAAUUCAACAUGCCAUCAAUUUCUGGUCCAAAGAUCUCUAUGCCAAAUGUGGAUUUCAAUCUAAAAGGCCCUAAACUGAAAGGAGAUGUUGAUGUUUCAGUACCAAAAGUUGAAGCUGAUAUCAAAGCACCUAAAGUGGAUAUCAAAGGUCCAGAUGUUGACAUUGAGGCACCUAAAGGUGGAUUUAAAAUGCCAAAAGUAAAGAUUCCAUCAUUUGGAUUUAAAGGUCCAAAAGUUGAAGGGCCUGAUAUUGAUGUUAGUCUUCCAAAAGGUGGCAUGGACAUAAAAGGACCAGAGGUAGACAUCACAGUGCCGCAUGUUGACAUUGAGGGACCAGAGGGAAAAGUGAAAGGUCCAAAAUUCAACAUGCCAUCAAUUUCUGGUCCAAAGAUCUCUAUGCCAGAUGUGGAUUUCAAUCUAAAAGGCCCUAAACUGAAAGGAGAUGUUGAUGUUUCAGUACCAAAAGUUGAAGCUGAUAUCAAAGCACCUAAAGUGGAUAUCAAAGGUCCAGAGGUUGACAUUGAGGGCUCUGAAGGCGGCUUUAAAAUGCCAAAAGUGAAAAUGCCAUCAUUUGGAGGAUUUAAGGGUCCAAAAGUUGAAGGGCCUGAUAUUGAUGUUAGUCUUCCAAAAGGUGACAUGGACAUAAAAGGACCAGAGGUAGACAUCACCAAGCCGCAUGUUGACAUUGAGGGACCAGAGGGAAAAGUGAAAGGUUCAAAAUUCAACAUGCCAUCAAUUUCUGGUCCAAAGAUCUCCAUGCCAGAUGUGGAUUUCAAUCUGAAGGGCCCUAAACUGAAAGGAGAUGUUGAUGUUUCAGUACCAAAGGUUGAAGCUGAUAUCAAAGCACCUAAAGUGGAUAUCAAGGGUCCAGAGGUUGACAUUGAGGGCCCUGAAGGUGGCUUUAAAAUGCCAAAAGUGAAAAUGCCAUCAUUUGCUGGUCCUAAGAUCUCCAUGCCAGAUGUGGAUUUCAAUCUAAAAGGCCCUAAACUGAAAGGAGAUGUUAAUGUUUCAGUACCAAAAGUUGAAGCUGAUAUCAAAGCACCUAAAGUGGAUAUGAAAGGUCCAGAGGUUGAUAUUGAGUGCCCUGAAGGUGGCUUUAAAAUGCCAAAAGUGAAAAUGCCAUCAUUUGGAUUUAAGGGUCCAAAAGUUGAAGGGCCUGAUAUUGAUGUUAGUCUUCCAAAAGGUGACAUGGACAUAAAAGGACCAGAGGUCGACAUCACCAUGCCGCAUGUUGACAUUGAGGGACCAGAGGGAAAAGUGAAAGGUCCAAAAUUCAACAUGCCAUCAAUUUCUGGUCCAAAGAUCUCCAUGCCUGAUGUUGAUUUCAAUCUAAAAGGCCCUAAACUGAAAGGAGAUGUUGAUGUUUCAGUACCAAAAGUUGAAGCUGAUAUCAAAGCACCUAAAGUGGAUAUCAAAGGUCCAGAGGUUGACAUUGAGGGCUCUGAAGGCUUUAAAAUGCCAAAAGUGAAAAUGCCAUCAUUUGGAGGAUUUAAGGGUCCAAAAGUUGAAGGGCCUGAUAUUGAUGUUAGUCUUCCAAAAGGUGACAUGGACAUAAAAGGACCAGAGGUAGACAUCACCAAGCCGCAUGUUGACAUUGAGGGACCAGGAAAAGUGAAAGGUUCAAAAUUCAACAUGCCAUCAAUUUCUGGUCCAAAGAUCUCCAUGCCAGAUGUGGAUUUCAAUCUGAAGGGCCCUAAACUGAAAGGAGAUGUUGAUGUUUCAGUACCAAAGGUUGAAGCUGAUAUCAAAGCACCUAAAGUGGAUAUCAAGGGUCCAGAGGUUGACAUUGAGGGCCCUGAAGGUGGCUUUAAAAUGCCAAAAGUGAAAAUGCCAUCAUUUGCUGGUCCUAAGAUCUCCAUGCCAGAUGUGGAUUUCAAUCUAAAAGGCCCUAAACUGAAAGGAGAUGUUAAUGUUUCAGUACCAAAAGUUGAAGCUGAUAUCAAAGCACCUAAAGUGGAUAUGAAAGGUCCAGAGGUUGAUAUUGAGUGCCCUGAAGGUGGCUUUAAAAUGCCAAAAGUGAAAAUGCCAUCAUUUGGAUUUAAGGGUCCAAAAGUUGAAGGGCCUGAUAUUGAUGUUAGUCUUCCAAAAGGUGACAUGGACAUAAAAGGACCAGAGGUCGACAUCACCAUGCCGCAUGUUGACAUUGAGGGACCAGAGGGAAAAGUGAAAGGUCCAAAAUUCAACAUGCCAUCAAUUUCUGGUCCAAAGAUCUCCAUGCCUGAUGUUGAUUUCAAUCUAAAAGGCCCUAAACUGAAAGGAGAUGUUGAUGUUUCAGUACCAAAAGUUGAAGGUGAUGUCAAAGUACCUAAAAUUGACAUUAAAUGUCCAGAUGUUGACAUUGAGGCACCUAAAGGUGGAUUUAAAAUGCCAAAAGUAAAGAUUCCAUCAUUUGGAUUUAAAGGUCCAAAGGUUGAAGGGCCUGAUAUUGAUGUUAGUCUUCCAAAAGGUGACAUGGACAUAAAAGGACCAGAGGUAGACAUCACAGUGCCGCAUGUUGACAUUGAGGGACCAGAGGGAAAAGUGAAAGGUCCAAAAUUCAACAUGCCAUCAAUUUCUGGUCCAAAGAUCUCUAUGCCAGAUGUGGAUUUCAAUCUAAAAGGCCCUAAACUGAAAGGAGAUGUUGAUGUUUCAGUACCAAAAGUUGAAGCUGAUAUCAAAGCACCUAAAGUGGAUAUCAAAGGUCCAGAGUUUGACAUUGAGGGCUCUGAAGGCGGCUUUAAAAUGCCAAAAGUGAAAAUGCCAUCAUUUGGAUUUAAGGGUCCAAAAGUUGAAGGGCCUGAUAUUGAUGUUGGUCUUCCAAAAGGUGACAUGGACAUAAAAGGACCAGACGUUGACAUCACCAUGCCGCAUGUUGACAUUGAGGGACCAGAGGGAAAAGUGAAAGGUCCAAAAUUCAACAUGCCAUCAAUUUCUGGUCCAAAGAUCUCCAUGCCUGAUGUUGAUUUCAAUCUAAAAGGCCCUAAACUCAAAGGAGAUGUUGAUGUUUCAGUACCAAAAGUUGAAGGGGAUGUCAAAGCACCUAAAAUUGAUAUUAAAGGUCCAGAUGUUGACAUUGAGGCACCUAAAGGUGGAUUUAAAAUGCCAAAAGUAAAGAUUCCAUCAUUUGGAUUUAAAGGUCCAAAGGUUGAAGGGCCUGACAUUGAUGUUAGUCUUCCAAAAGGUGACAUGGACAUAAAAGGACCAGAGGUAGACAUCACAGUGCCGCAUGUUGACAUUGAGGGACCAGAGGGAAAAGUGAAAGGUCCAAAAUUCAACAUGCCAUCAAUUUCUGGUCCAAAGAUCUCUAUGCCAGAUGUGGAUUUCAAUCUAAAAGGCCCUAAACUGAAAGGAGAUGUUGAUGUUUCAGUACCAAAAGUUGAAGCUGAUAUCAAAGCACCUAAAGUGGAUAUCAAAGGUCCAGAGUUUGACAUUGAGGGCUCUGAAGGCGGCUUUAAAAUGCCAAAAAUGAAAAUGCCAUCAUUUGGAUUCAAGGGUCCAAAAGUUGAAGGGCCUGAUAUUGAUGUUAGUCUUCCAAAAGGUGACAUGGACAUAAAAGGACCAGAGGUAGACAUCAAUGUGCCGCAUGUUGACAUUGAGGGACCAGAGGGAAAAGUGAAAGGUUCAAAAUUCAAAAUGCCAUCAAUUUCUGUUCCAAAGAUCUCCAUGCCUGAUGUGGAUUUCAACAUAAAAGGCCCUAAACUGAAAGGAGAUGUUGAUGUUUCAGUACCAAAAGUUGAAGGUGAUGUUAAAGCACCUAAAAUGGAUAUCAAAGGUCCAGAGGUUGACAUCGAGGGCCCUGAUGGCGGAUUUAAAAUGCCGAAAGUGAAAAUGCCAUCAUUUGCUGGUCCAAAGAUCUCCAUGCCAGAUGUGGAUUUCAAUCUAAAAGGCCCUAAACUGAAAGGAGAUGUUGAUGUUUCAGUACCUAAAGUUGAAGCUGAUAUCAAAGCACCUAAAGUGGAUAUCAAAGGUCCAGAGAUUGAUAUUGAGUGCCCUGAAGGUGGCUUUAAAAUGCCAAAAGUGAAAAUGCCAUCAGUUUCUGGUCCAAAUAUCUCCAUGCCAGAUGUGGAUUUCAAUCUAAAAGGCCCUAAACUGAAAGGAGAUGUUAAUGUUUCAGUACCAAAAGUUGAAGCUGAUGUCAAAGCACCUAAAAUUGACAUUAAAGGUCCAGAUGUUGACAUUGAGGGACCUAAAGGUGGAUUUAAAAUGCCAAAAGUAAAGAUUCCAUCAUUUGGAUUUAAAGGUCCAAAAGUUGAAGGGCCUGAUAUUGAUGUUAAUCUUCCAAAAGGUGACAUGAACCUAAAGGGACCAGAGGUAGACAUCACCAUGCCGGAUGUUGACCUUGAAAGACCAGAGGGAAAAGUGAAAGGUCCAAAAUUCAACAUGCCAUCAAUUUCUGGUCCAAAGAUCUCUAUGCCAGAUGUGGAUUUUAAUCUAAAGGGUCCUAAACUGAAAGGAGAUGUGGAUGUUUCAUUACCAAAAGUUGAAGCUGAUAUCAAAGCACCCAAAGUUGAUAUUAAAGGUCCAGACGUUGAUAUUGAGGGCCCUGAAGGCGGCUUUAAAAUGCCGAAAGUGAAAAUGCCAUCAUUUGCUGUGAAAAUGCCAUCAUUUGCUGGUCCAAAGAUAUCCAUGCCAGAUGUGGAUUUUAAUCUAAAAGGCCCUAAACUGAAAGGAGAUGUUGAUGUUUCAGUACCAAAAGUUGAAGGUGAUGUCAAAGCACCUAAAAUUGACAUUAAAGGUCCAGAUGUUGACAUUGAGGGACCUAAAGGUGGAUUUAAAAUGCCAAAAGUAAAGAUUCCAUCAUUUGGAUUUAAAGGUCCAAAGGUUGAAGGGCCUGAUAUUGAUGUUAGUCUUCCAAAAGGUGACAUGGACCUAAAGGGACCAGAGGUAGACAUCACCAUGCCGGAUGUUGACCUUGAAAUACCAGAGGGAAAAGUGAAAGGUCCAAAAUUCAACAUGCCAUCAAUUUCUGGUCCAAAGAUCUCUAUGCCAGAUGUGGAUUUUAAUCUAAAGGGUCCUAAACUGAAAGGAGAUGUGGAUGUUUCAUUACCAAAAGUUGAAGCUGAUAUCAAAGCACCUAAAGUGGAUAUUAAAGGUCCAGACGUUGAUAUCGAGGGCCCUGAAGGCGGCUUUAAAAUGCCGAAAGUGAAAAUGCCAUCAUUUUCUGGUCCAAAGAUCAUGCCAGAUGUGGAUUUCAAUCUAAAAGGCCCUAAACUGAAAGGAGAUGUUGAUGUUUCAGUACCAAAAGUUGAAGCUGAUAUCAAAGCACCUAAAGUGGAUAUCAAAGGUCCAGAGGUUGAUAUUGAGGGCCCUGAAGGUGGCUUUAAAAUGCCAAAAAUGAAAAUGCCAUCAUUUGCUGGUCCAAAGAUAUCCAUGCCAGAUGUGGAUUUCAAUCUAAAAGGCUCUAAACUGAAAGGAGAUGUUGAUGUUUCAGUACCAAAAGUUGAAGCUGAUAUCAAAGCACCUAAAGUGGAUAUCAAAGGUCCAGAGGUUGAUAUUGAGGGCCCUGAAGGCGGCUUUAAAAUGCCAAAAAUGAAAAUGCCAUCAUUUGCUGGUCCAAAGAUAUCCAUGCCAGAUGUGGAUUUUAAUCUAAAAGGCCCUAAACUGAAAGGAGAUGUUGAUGUUUCAGUACCAAAAGUUGAAGGUGAUGUCAAAGCACCUAAAAUUGACAUUAAAGGUCCAGAUGUUGACAUUGAGGGACCUAAAGGUGGAUUUAAAAUGCCAAAAGUAAAGAUUCCAUCAUUUGGAUUUAAAGGUCCAAAGGUUGAAGGGCCUGAUAUUGAUGUUAGUCUUCCAAAAGGUGACAUGGACCUAAAGGGACCAGAGGUAGACAUCACCAUGCCGGAUGUUGACCUUGAAAUACCAGAGGGAAAAGUGAAAGGUCCAAAAUUCAACAUGCCAUCAAUUUCUGGUCCAAAGAUCUCUAUGCCAGAUGUGGAUUUUAAUCUAAAGGGUCCUAAACUGAAAGGAGAUGUGGAUGUUUCAUUACCAAAAGUUGAAGCUGAUAUCAAAGCACCUAAAGUGGAUAUCAAAGGUCCAGACGUUGAUAUCGAGGGCCCUGAAGGCGGCUUUAAAAUGCCGAAAGUGAAAAUGCCAUCAUUUUCUGGUCCAAAGAUCUCCAUGCCAGAUGUGGAUUUCAAUCUAAAAGGCCCUAAACUGAAAGGAGAUGUUGAUGUUUCAGUACCAAAAGUUGAAGCUGAUAUCAAAGCACCUAAAGUGGAUAUCAAAGGUCCAGAGGUUGAUAUUGAGGGCCGAAGGCUUUAAAAUGCCAAAAUGAAAAUGCCAUCAUUUGCUGGUCCAAAGAUAUCCAUGCCAGAUGUGGAUUUCAAUCUAAAAGGCUCUAAACUGAAAGGAGAUGUUGAUGUUUCAGUACCAAAAGUUGAAGCUGAUAUCAAAGCACCUAAAGUGGAUAUCAAAGGUCCAGAGGUUGAUAUUGAGGGCCCUGAAGGCGGCUUUAAAAUGCCAAAAAUGAAAAUGCCAUCAUUUGCUGGUCCAAAGAUCUCUAUGCCAGAUGUGGAUUUCAAUCUAAAAGGCCCUAAACUGAAAGGAGAUGUUGAUGUUUCAGUACCAAAAGUUGAAGCUGAUGUCAAAGCACCUAAAAUUGACAUUAAAGGUCCAGAUGUUGACAUUGAGGGACCUAAAGGUGGAUUUAAAAUGCCAAAAGUAAAGAUUCCAUCAUUUGGAUUUAAAGGUCCAAAAGUUGAAGGGCCUGAUAUUGAUGUUAAUCUUCCAAAAGGUGACAUGAACAUAAAGGGACCAGAGGUAGACAUCACCAUGCCGGAUGUUGACCUUGAAAGACCAGAGGGAAAAGUGAAAGGUCCAAAAUUCAACAUGCCAUCAAUUUCUGGUCCAAAGAUCUCUAUGCCAGAUGUGGAUUUUAAUCUAAAGGGUCCUAAACUGGAAGGAGAUGUGGAUGUUUCAUUACCAAAAGUUGAAGCUGAUAUCAAAGCACCUAAAGUUGAUAUCAAAUGUCCAGAAGUUGAUAUCGAGGGCCCUGAAGGAGGCUUUAAAAUGCCGAAAAUGAAAAUGCCAUCAUUUGCUGGUCCAAAGAUCUCCAUGCCAGAUGUGGAUUUCAAUCUAAAAGGCCCUAAACUAAAAGGAGAUGUUGAUGUUUCAGUACCAAAAGUUGAAGCUGAUAUCAAAGCACCUAAAGUUGAUAUCAAAGGUCCAGAAGUUGAUAUCGAGGGCCCUGAAGGAGGCUUUAAAAUGCCGAAAAUGAAAAUGCCAUCAUUUGCUGGUCCAAAGAUCUCCAUGCCAGAUGUGGAUUUCAAUCUAAAAGGCCCUAAACUUAAAGGAGAUGUUGAUGUUUCAGUACCAAAAGUUGAAGCUGAUAUCAAAGCACCUAAAGUUGAUAUCAAAGGUCCAGACGUUGAUGUCGAGGGCCCUGAAGGCGGCUUAAAAAUGCCGAAAGUGAAAAUGCCAUCGUUUGCUGGUCCAAAGAUCUCCAUGCCAGAUGUGGAUUUCAAUCUAAAAGGCCCUAAACUGAAAGGAGAUGUUGAUGUUUCAGUACCAAAAGUUGAAGCUGAUAUCAAAGCACCUAAAGUUGAUAUCAAAGGUCCAGAGGUUGAUAUUGAGGGCCCUGAAGGCGGCUUUAAAAUGCCAAAAAUGAAAAUGCCAUCAUUUGCCGGUCCAAAGAUCUCUAUGCCAGAUGUGGAUUUCAAUCUAAAAGGCCCUAAACUGAAAGGAGAUGUUGAUGUUUCAGUACCAAAAGUUGAAGCUGAUAUCAAAGCACCUAAAGUGGAUAUCAAAGGUCCAGAGGUUGAUAUUGAGGGCCCUGAAGGCGGCUUUAAAAUGCCAAAAUGAAAAUGCCAUCAUUUGCGUCCAAAGAUCUCUAUGCCAGAUGUGGAUUUCAAUCUAAAAGGCCCUAAACUGAAAGGAGAUGUUGAUGUUUCAGUACCAAAAGUUGAAGCUGAUAUCAAAGCACCUAAAGUGGAUAUCAAAGGUCCAGAGGUUGAUAUUGAGGGCCCUGAAGGCGGCUUUAAAAUGCCAAAAAUGAAAAUGCCAUCAUUUGCCGGUCCAAAGAUCUCUAUGCCAGAUGUGGAUUUCAAUCUAAAAGGCCCUAAACUGAAAGGAGAUGUUGAUGUUUCAGUACCAAAAGUUGAAGCUGAUAUCAAAGCACCUAAAGUGGAUAUCAAAGGUCCAGAGGUUGAUAUUGAGGGCCCUGAAGGCGGCUUUAAAAUGCCAAAAAUGAAAAUGCCAUCAUUUGGAGGAUUUAAGGGUCCAAAAGUUGAAGGGCCUGAAAUUGAUGUUAGUCUUCCAAAAGGUGACAUGAACAUAAAAGGACCAGAGGUAGACAUCACAGUGCCACAUGUUGACAUUGAGGGACCAGAUGGAAAAGUGAAAGGUUCAAAAUUUAACCUGCCAUCAAUUUCUGGUCCAAAGAUCUCUAUGCCAGAUGUGGAUUUUAAUCUAAAAGCCCCUAAACUGAAAGGAGAUGUUGAUGUUUCAGUACCAAAAGUUGAAGCUGAUAUCAAAGCACCUAAAGUGGAUAUCAAAGGUCCAGAGGUUGAUAUUGAGGGCCCUGAAGGCGGCUUUAAAAUGCCAAAAAUGAAAAUGCCAUCAUUUGCCGGUCCAAAGAUCUCUAUGCCAGAUGUGGAUUUCAAUCUAAAAGGCCCUAAACUGAAAGGAGAUGUUGAUGUUUCAGUACCAAAAGUUGAAGCUGAUAUCAAAGCACCUAAAGUGGAUAUCAAAGGUCCAGAGGUUGAUAUUGAGGGCCCUGAAGGCGGCUUUAAAAUGCCAAAAAUGAAAAUGCCAUCAUUUGCCGGUCCAAAGAUCUCUAUGCCAGAUGUGGAUUUCAAUCUAAAAGGCCCUAAACUGAAAGGAGAUGUUGAUGUUUCAGUACCAAAAGUUGAAGCUGAUAUCAAAGCACCUAAAGUGGAUAUCAAAGGUCCAGAGGUUGAUAUUGAGGGACCAGAUGGAAAAGUGAAAGGUUCAAAAUUUAACCUGCCAUCAAUUUCUGGUCCAAAGAUCUCUAUGCCAGAUGUGGAUUUUAAUCUAAAGGGUCCUAAACUAAAAGGAGAUGUGGAUGUUUCAUUACCAAAAGUUGAAGGUGAUAUCAAAACACCUAAUGUGGACAUCAAAGGUCCAGAGUUUGAUAUUGAGGGCCCUGAAGGCGGCUUUAAAAUGCCAAAAAUGAAAAUGCCAUCAUUUGCUGGUCCAAAGAUUUCCAUGCCAGAUGUGGAUUUCAAUCUAAAAGGCCCUAAACUGAAAGGAGAUGUUGAUGUUUCAGUACCAAAAGUUGAAGCUGAUAUCAAAGCACCUAAAGUGGAUAUAAAAGGUCCAGAUGUUGAUAUUGAGGGCCCUGAAGGUGGCUUUAAAAUGCCAAAAGUGAAAAUGCCAUCAUUUGCUGGUCCAAAGAUCUCCAUGCCAGAUGUGGAUUUCAAUCUCAAAGCCCCUAAACUGAAAGGAGAUGUUGAUGUUUCAGUACCAAAAGUUGAAGCUGAUAUCAAAGCACCUAAAGUGGAUAUCAAAGGUCCAGAGGUUGAUAUUGAGGGCCCUGAAGGCGGCUUUAAAAUGCCAAAAAUGAAAAUGCCAUCAUUUGCUGGUCCAAAGAUUUCCAUGCCCGAUGUGGAUUUCAAUCUAAAAGGCCCUAAACUGAAAGGAGAUGUUGAUGUUUCAGUACCAAAAGUUGAAGCUGAUAUCAAAGCACCUAAAGUGGAUAUGAAAGGUCCAGACGUUGAUAUUGAGGGCCCUGAAGGCGGCUUUAAAAUGCCAAAAGUGAAAAUGCCAUCAUUUGCUGGUCCAAAGAUCUCCAUGCCAGAUGUGGAUUUCAAUCUAAAAGGCCCUAAACUGAAAGGAGAUGUUGAUGUUUCAGUACCAAAAGUUGAAGCUGAUAUCAAAGCACCUAAAGUAGAUAUCAAAGGUCCAGAUGUUGAUUUCGAGGGACCAGAAGGUGGAUUCAAAAUGCCAACAAUCAAACUUCCAUCAUUUGGAUUUAAGGGUCCAAAGGUUGAAGGGUCUGAUGUUGAUGUUAGUCUUCCAAAAGGUGAAGUGGACAUAAAGGGACCAUCCAUGGACAUAACAUCACCAGACAUUGACAUUGAGGGACCUGAAGGGAAAGUGAAAGGUCCAAAAUUCAAAAUACCCUCACUUGCUGGUCCCAAGAUCUCCAUGCCCGAUAUGGAUUUUAAUCUUAAAGGCCCUAAAUUGAAAGGAGAUGUUGAUGUUUCAGUACCAAAAGUUGAAGGUGAUAUCAAAACACCUAAUGUGGACAUCAAAGGUCCAGCUCUUGACAUCAACAGACCUGAUGUUAAAGUUAGGAGUCCUAACAUUGACCUAGAAGGGCCCAAAAUUGAUUUUGAUGUACCAGGAGCUUCAGUGAAGAAAUCCAAGUUCAAAAUGCCAAAAUUUAGUUUGAAAGGGCCAAAAACUGAAGAGCUAGAUGUUGAUAUUAAAAUUCCAAAAGGUGAUGUUACUGUUGAGGCCAAAAGUCCUGAAGGUGGAUUUAAAUUGCCAAAGUUCAAAAUGCCAAAAUUUGGUUUCAAGUCACCUAAAGCUGGCAUGCCAAGUAUGGAUGAGGCUGAUGUAAAUGUCACUGUCAAAAGUCCAUCUUUUGAUAUUGAGCUUCCAGAAGGAAAAGUUAAAGGGCCAAAGAUUAAGAUGCCAGGUGUGUCUGGGCCAAAAUUUGAGGGCCAAGAAAUUGAUGUAAAUCUACCAAAAGCAGAAAUUGAUGUGCCUAAGCUUGAUAUCAAAAGUCCAGAUAUUGACUAUGAAGGACCUGAAGGUAAAAUUAAAGGACCUAAAUUCAAAAUGCCAAACAUAUCUGCCCCAAAGAUCUCAAUGCCUGAUGUGGACUUCAAUCUCAAAGGUCCAAAAUUCAAAGGGGAUGUGGAUAUUCCCGUGGCCAAGGUCGAAGGUGACAUUAAACCUCCAAAAGUGGAUAUUGAAGGUCCAUAUGUGGAUAUUGAAGGGCCAGAGGGUGAUUUGAAGAUGCCAAAAAUCAAAAUGCCAUCAUUUGGUUUUAAAGGUCCAAAAGUUGAGGGCCCAGAUGUUGAUGUACAUCUACCAAAGGCAGAUAUUGAUGUUAAAGGCCCUAAGGUUGAUAUCACAAGCCCAGAUAUUGACCUUGAAGGACCAGAAGGGAAAAUCAAAGGUCCUAAAUUUAAAAUGCCAAAUAUAUCUGGUCCUAAGAUCUCCAUGCCUGAUAUGGACUUUAAUCUCAAAGGUCCAAAAUUAAAGGGGGAUAUGGAUAUCACAGUUCCCAAGGUUGAAGGUGACAUUAAAGCCCCGAAACUGGACAUUGAAGGUCCAGAUUUGAAAGUAGAAGGACCUGGGGGAGGCUUCAAGAUGCCAAAAGUCACAAUGCCAUCAUUUGGUUUUAAAGGUCCAAAAGUUGAGGGCCCAGAUGUUGAUGUACAUCUACCAAAGGCAGAUAUUGAUGUUAAAGGCCCUAAAGUUGAUAUCAAAAGCCCAGAUAUUGAGCUUGAAGGACCAGAAGGGAAAAUCAAAGGUCCUAAAUUUAAAAUGCCAAAUAUAUCUGGUCCAAAGAUCUCCAUGCCUGAUAUUGACUUCAAUCUCAAAGGUCCAAAAUUAAAGGGGGAUAUGGAUAUCACAGUUCCCAAGGUUGAAGGUGACAUUAAAGCCCCGAAACUGGACAUUGAAGGUCCAGAUUUGAAAGUAGAAGGACCUGGGGGAGGCUUCAAGAUGCCAAAAGUCACAAUGCCAUCAUUUGGUUUUAAAGGUCCAAAAGUUGAGGGCCCAGAUGUUGAUGUACAUCUACCAAAGGCAGAUAUUGAUGUUAAAGGCCCUAAAGUUGAUAUCAAAAGCCCAGAUAUUGAGCUUGAAGGACCAGAAGGGAAAAUCAAAGGUCCUAAAUUUAAAAUGCCAAAUAUAUCUGGUCCAAAGAUCUCCAUGCCUGAUAUUGACUUCAAUCUCAAAGGUCCAAAAUUAAAGGGGGAUAUGGAUAUCACAGUUCCCAAGGUUGAGGGUGACAUUAAAGCCCCGAAACUGGACAUUGAAGGUCCAGAUUUGAAAGUAGAAGGACCUGGGGGAGGCUUCAAGAUGCCAAAAGUCACAAUGCCAUCAUUUGGUUUUAAAGGUCCAAAAGUUGAGGGCCCAGAUGUUGAUGUACAUCUACCAAAGGCAGAUAUUGAUGUUAAAGGCCCUAAGGUUGAUAUCAAAAGCCCAGAUAUUGACCUUGAAGGACCAGAAGGGAAAAUCAAAGGUCCUAAAUUUAAAAUGCCAAAUAUAUCUGGUCCAAAGAUCUCCAUGCCUGAUAUGGACUUUAAUCUCAAAGGUCCAAAAUUGAAGGGGGAUAUGGAUAUCACAGUUCCCAAGGUUGAAGGUGACAUUAAAGCCCCGAAACUUGACAUUGAAGGUCCAGAUUUGAAAGUAGAAGGACCUGGGGGAGGCUUCAAGAUGCCAAAAGUCACAAUGCCAUCAUUUGGUUUUAAAGGUCCAAAGGUUGAGGGCCCAGAUGUUGAUGUACAUCCACCAAAGGCAGAUAUUGAUGUUAAAGGCCCUAAGGUUGAUAUCAAAAGCCCAGAUAUUGACCUUGAAGGACCAGAAGGGAAAAUCAAAGGUCCUAAAUUUAAAAUGCCAAAUAUAUCUGGUCCAAAGAUCUCCAUGCCUGAUAUGGACUUCAAUCUCAAAGGUCCAAAAUUAAAGGGGGAUAUGGAUAUCACAGUUCCCAAGGUUGAAGGUGACAUUAAAGCCCCGAAACUUGACAUUGAAGGUCCAGAUUUGAAAGUAGAAGGACCUGGGGGAGGCUUCAAGAUGCCAAAAGUCACAAUGCCAUCAUUUGGUUUUAAAGGUCCAAAAGUUGAGGGCCCAGAUGUUGAUGUACAUCUACCAAAGGCAGAUAUUGAUGUUAAAGGCCCUAAGGUUGAUAUCAAAAGCCCAGAUAUUGACCUUGAAGGACCAGAGGGGAAAAUCAAAGGUCCUAAAUUUAAAAUGCCAAAUAUAUCUGGUCCAAAGAUCUCCAUGCCUGAUGUGGAUUUUAAUCUGAAAGGACCUAAAAUGAAGGGUGAUAUGGAUUUGUCUGUUCCCAAAAUUGAAGGUGACAUUAAAGCACCGAAAGUAGACAUUGAAGGUCCAGAUUUGGAGGUAGAAGGUCUCGGGGGAGGCUUCAAGAUGCCAAAAAUCAAAUUUCCAACAUUUGGGCAUAAAGGGCCAAAUGUUGAGGGCCCUGAUAUUGAUAUAAAUCUACCAAAGGCAGAUAUUGAUGUUACAGGCCCUGAACUUGAUCUCAAAAGCCCUGAUGUUGAUGUGGAAGGACCAGAAUUUAAAAUCAAAGGUCCUAAAUUUAAAAUGCCAAACAUAUCUGGUCCAAAGAUAUCCAUGCCUGAUGUGGACUUUAAUCUAAAAGGUCCAAAAUCAAAGGGGGGUGUAGAUAUCGCAGUUCCCAAGAUUGAAGGUGAAUUUAAAGCCCCAAAAGUAGACAUUGAAGGUCCAGAUUUGGAGGUAGAAGGAACAGGGGGAGGCUUCAAGAUGCCAAAAGUCACAAUGCCAUCAUUUGGUUUUAAAGGUCCAAAAGUUGAGGGCCAUGAUGUUGAUGUACAUCUACCAAAGGCAGAUAUUGAUGUUAAAGGCCCUAAGGUUGAUAUCACAAGCCCAGAUAUUGACCUUGAAGGACCAGAAGGGAAAAUCAAAGGACCAAAGUUUAAAAUGCCACACAUAUCUGGUCCAAAGAUCUCCAUGCCUGAUGUGGACUUUAAUCUCAAAGGUCCAAAAUCAAAGGGGGCUGUGGAUAUCUCAGUUCCCAAGGUUGAAGGUGACAUUAAAGCACCAAAAGUAGACAUUGGAGGUCCAGAUUUGGCGGUAGAAGGAACAGGGGGAGGCUUCAAGAUGCCAAAAGUCACAAUGCCAUCAUUUGGUUUUAAAGGUCCAAAAGUUGAGGGCCCAGAUGUUGAUGUACAUCUACCAAAGGCAGAUAUUGAUGUUAAAGGCCCUAAGGUUGAUCUCAAAAGCCCAGAUAUUGACCUUGAAGGACCAGAAGGGAAAAUCAAAGGACCAAAAUUUAAAAUGCCAAACAUAUCUAGUCCAAAGAUCUCCAUGCCUGAUGUGGAUUUAAAUCUAAAAGGACCUAAAAUAAAGGGUGAUAUGGAUUUGUCUGUUCCCAAACUUGAAGCUGACAUUAAAGCACCGAAAGUAGACAUUGAGGGUCCAGAUUUGGAGGUAGAAGGACCUGGGGGAGGCUUUAAGAUGCCAAAAUUCAAAUUUCCAACAUUUGGUUUUAAAGGUCCAAAAGUUGAGGGCCCUGAUGUUGAUGUACAUCUACCAAAGGCAGAUAUUGAUGUUAAAGGCCCUAAGGUUGAUCUCAAAAGCCCAGAUAUUGACCUUGAAGGACCAGAAGGGAAAAUCAAAGGACCAAAAUUUAAAAUGCCAAACAUAUCUAGUCCAAAGAUCUCCAUGCCUGAUGUGGAUUUAAAUCUAAAAGGACCUAAAAUAAAGGGUGAUAUGGAUCUGUCUGUUCCCAAACUUGAAGGUGACAUUAAAGCACCUAAAGUAGACAUUGAAGUUCCAGAUUUGGAGGUGGAAGGACCUGGGGGAGGCUUCAAGAUGCCAAAAUUCAAAUUUCCAACAUUUGGUUUUAAAGGUCCAAAAGUUGAGGGCCCAGAUGUUGAUGUACAUCUACCAAAGGCAGAUAUUGAUGUUAAAGGCCCUAAGGUUGAUCUCAAAAGCCCAGAUAUUGACCUUGAAGGACCAGAAGGGAAGAUCAAAGGACCAAAAUUUAAAAUGCCGAAUAUAUCUGGUCCAAAGAUCUCCAUGCCUGAUGUGGACUUUAAUCUCCAAGGUCCAAAACUAAAGGGGGAUAUGGAUAUCACAGUUCCCAAGGUUGAAGGUGACAUCAAAGUUCCAAAAGUAGAUAUUGAAGGCCCAGAUGUGGAUAUUGAAGGACCAGAGGGCGGUUUGAAGAUGCCAAAAAUCAAAAUGCCAUCAUUUGGGCACAAAGGGCUGAAAUUUGAGGGGCCUGAUAUUGAUAUAAAUCUAUCAAAGCCGGAUAUUGAUGUUAAAGGCCCUAAGAUUGAUAUCAAACGGCCAGAUAUUGACCUUGAUGGACCUGAAGGGAAAAUCAAAGGACCAAAAUUUAAAAUGCCAAAUAUAUCUGGUCCAAAGAUCUCCAUGCCUGACAUGGACUUUAAUCUCAAAGGUCCAAAAUUAAAGGGGGAUGUAGAUAUCACAGUUCCCAAGGUUGAAGGUGACAUUAAAGCCCCAAAAGUAGACAUUGAGGGUCCAGAUUUGGACGUAGAAGGACCAGGGGGGGGCUUUAAGAUGCCAAAAGUCACAAUGCCAUCAUUUGGUUUUAAAGGUCCAAAGGUUGAGGGCCCUGAUGUUGAUGUACAUCUACCAAAGGCAGAUAUUGAUGUUAAAUGCCCUAAGGUUGAUAUCAAAAGCCCAGAUAUUGAACUUGAAGGACCAGAAGGGAAAAUCAAAGGUCCUAAAUUUAAAAUGCCAAAUAUAUCUGGUCCAAAGAUCUCCAUGCCAGAUAUGGACUUUAAUCUUAAAGGUCCAAAAUUAAAGGGGGAUAUGGAUAUCACAGUUCCCAAGGUUGAAGGUGACAUUAAAGCCCCGAAACUGGACAUUGAAGGUCCAGAUUUGAAAGUAGAAGGACCUGGGGGAGGCUUCAAGAUGCCAAAAGUCACAAUGCCAUCAUUUGGUUUUAAAGGUCCAAAGGUUGAGGGCCCUGAUGUUGAUGUACAUCUACCAAAGGCAGAUAUUGAUGUUAAAUGCCCUAAGGUUGAUAUCAAAAGCCCAGAUAUUGAACUUGAAGGACCAGAAGGGAAAAUCAAAGGUCCUAAAUUUAAAAUGCCAAAUAUAUCUGGUCCAAAGAUCUCCAUGCCAGAUAUGGACUUUAAUCUUAAAGGUCCAAAAUUAAAGGGGGAUAUGGAUAUCACAGUUCCCAAGGUUGAAGGUGACAUUAAAGCCCCGAAACUGGACAUUGAAGGUCCAGAUUUGAAAGUAGAAGGACCUGGGGGAGGCUUCAAGAUGCCAAAAGUCACAAUGCCAUCAUUUGGUUUUAAAGGUCCAAAAGUUGAGGGCCCAGAUGUUGAUGUACAUCUACCAAAGGCAGAUAUUGAUGUUAAAGGCCCUAAGGUUGACAUCAAAAGCCCAGAUAUUGAACUUGAAGGACCAGAAGGGAAAAUCAAAGGUCCUAAAUUUAAAAUGCCAAAUAUAUCUGGUCCAAAGAUCUCCAUGCCUGAUAUGGACUUUAAUCUUAAAGGUCCAAAAUUAAAGGGGGAUAUGGAUGUCACAGUUCCCAAGGUUGAAGGUGACAUUAAUGCCCCGAAACUGGACAUUGAAGGUCCAGAUUUGAAAGUAGAAGGACCUGGGGGAGGCUUCAAGAUGCCAAAAGUCACAAUGCCAUCAUUUGGUUUUAAAGGUCCAAAAGUUGAGGGCCCAGAUGUUGAUGUACAUCUACCAAAGGCAGAUAUUGAUGUUAAAGGCCCUAAGGUUGAUAUCAAAAGCCCAGAUAUUGACCUUGAAGGACCAGAAGGGAAAAUCAAAGGUCCUAAAUUUAAAAUGCCAAAUAUAUCUGGUCCAAAGAUCUCCAUGCCUGAUAUGGACUUUAAUCUCAAAGGUCCAAAAUUAAAGGGGGAUAUGGAUGUCACAGUUCCCAAGGUUGAAGGUGACAUUAGCCCCAAACUGGACAUUGAAGGUCCAGAUUUGAAAGUAGAAGGACCUAGGGGAGGCUUCACGAUGCCAAAAGUCACAAUGCCAUCAUUUGGUUUUAAAGGUCCAAAAGUUGAGGGCCCAGAUGUUGAUGUACAUCUACCAAAGGCAGAUAUUGAUGUUAAAGGCCCUAAGGUUGAUAUCAAAAGCCCAGAUAUUGACCUUGAAGGACCAGAAGGGAAAAUCAAAGGUCCUAAAUUUAAAAUGCCAAAUAUAUCUGGUCCAAAGAUCUCCAUGCCUGAUAUGGACUUUAAUCUCAAAGGUCCAAAAUUAAAAGGGGAUAUGGAUAUCACAGUUCCCAAGGUUGAAGGUGACAUUAAAGCCCCGAAACUGGACAUUGAAGGUCCAGAUUUGAAAGUAGAAGGACCUGGGGGAGGCUUCAAGAUGCCAAAAGUCACAAUGCCAUCAUUUGGUUUUAAAGGUCCAAAAAUUGAGGGCCCAGAUGUUGAUGUACAUCUACCAAAGGCAGAUAUUGAUGUUAAAGGCCCUAAGGUUGAUAUCAAAAGCCCAGAUUUUGACCUUGAGGGACCAGAAGGGAAAAUCAAAGGUCCUAAAUUUAAAAUGCCAAAUAUAUCUGGUCCAAAGAUCUCCAUGCCUGAUAUGGACUUUAAUCUCAAAGGUCCAAAAUUGAAGGGGGAUAUGGAUAUCACAGUACCCAAGGUUGAGGGUGACAUUAAUGCCCCGAAACUGGACAUUGAAGGUCCAGAUUUGAAAGUAGAAGGGCCUGGGGGAGGCUUCAAAAUGCCAAAAGUCACAAUGCCAUCAUUUGGUUUCAAAGGUCCAAAAGUUGAGGGCCCUGAUGUUGAUGUACAUCUAACAAAGGCAGAUAUUGAUGUUAAAGGCCCUAAGGUUGAUAUCAAAAGCCCAGAUAUUGACCUUGAUGGACCAGAAGGGAAAAUCAAAGGAUCAAAAUUUAAAAUGCCAAAUAUAUCUGGUCCAAAGAUCUCCAUGCCUGAUAUGGACUUUAAUAUCAAAGGUCCAAAAUUAAAGGGGGAUGUAGAUAUCACAGUACCCAAGGUUGAAGGUGACAAAGUUUCAAAAGUAGAUAUUGAAGGCCCAGAUGUGGAUAUUGAAGGACCAGAGAGUGGUUGGAACAUGCCAAAAAUCAAAAUGCCAUCAUUUGGGCAGAAAGGGCCUGAAAUUGAUGUAAAUCUACAAAAGUCAGAUAUUGAUGUCAAAGCUCCCAAGAUUGAUAUCCAAAGCACAGACAUUGACAUUGAUGGGCCAGAAGGCAAAAUCAAAGGUCCCAAAUUCAAAAUGCCAACUAUAUCUGGUCCGAAGAUCUCAAUGCCUGAUAUGGACUUUAACCUUAAAGGCCCUAAAGUCAAGGGGGAUGGCAACAUGUCAGCUCCUAAGUUUGGCUGUGAAGUAACCGCUCCCGAUGUUGAACUAAAAGGACCGGCUAUAGAUAUUAAAGACCCUAAGUUUGGUAUCACUGGAACCAGUCUUGAAAGCCCUGAUGUAGACAUCAAUUUGAAGGGGAAGAAAGGUAAAAUAAAAAUACCUAAGGCAAAAGGGAAGAUGAAAACUGACAGUGUUGAGUUUUCAGCAGACUCAUCUGAUUUGCAUCCCAAAGGACCUAAAGUUAAGAAGCCAUUGUUUGGAAAGUUACAUUUUCCUGAUGUGGAGUUUGACAUUAAAUCCCCUAAAGUUAAAGGUGGUGUUUCAGCAGAUAUAGCAGGUGUUGAUAGUCACUCACCGAGUGUUAGUUUGGAAGGCCCAGAUGUCAAAGCUAAAAAAUCCAAAAUCAAAAUGCCAAAGUUCUCGGCUUCCAAGGACAAAUCUGCUGAUGUUGACAUCAAUGUUCCAAAGCUACAAUCACCUGAAAUGAGUAUGAAUGUGGGUGUAUCUGAUGCUAAUUUAGAAGGGCAAGGCAUAAACGUUAAGGGCAGUUUGAUGAACCCUCAGGUAAAAGGGACUAUUGGAGGUAGAGUAAAGGGGAAUACAGAUGCAGAAGGAUUUCACAGUGUAGAGAUGAAUUUGCCAACUGCAAAGCUUAAUGUACCUAAAGUAAGUUCUUCAGAAGAGACAACAGUAGAAAAAGGCAUGCAUACAGAUGUUUCAGUAUCAAGUGCAAUAGAAUACACUGAGGGUACUGUAACAUUUCCUAAAAUGAAAGUGCCAAAAUUUGGAAUAGCUUUGCCUCAAGCAGAAGGAAGGGAGAUGGGUGUGGAUGUAGGGUCAGAAGAAUUAACUGCUAGUGGUAAUGUUAGCUCAAGUCUGGAGGUGCAGUGCCCAGAUUUAAAAGGCAGUGGUGGGAAAGUAAAAGUCAAAAAGCCACGAUUCUUUGGAAAGUCUAAAGCUAAGGGUGGAAGUGCAGCUGAUCUUACUUUUCAGGGACCUGAUGUAGACAUCAAUUUGAAGGGGAAGAAAGGUAAAAUAAAAAUACCUAAGGCAAAAGGGAAGAUGAAAACUGACAGUGUUGAGUUUUCAGCAGACUCAUCUGAUUUGCAUCCCAAAGGACCUAAAGUUAAGAAGCCAUUGUUUGGAAAGUUACAUUUUCCUGAUGUGGAGUUUGACAUUAAAUCCCCUAAAGUUAAAGGUGGUGUUUCAGCAGAUAUAGCAGGUGUUGAUAGUCACUCACCGAGUGUUAGUUUGGAAGGCCCAGAUGUCAAAGCUAAAAAAUCCAAAAUCAAAAUGCCAAAGUUCUCGGCUUCCAAGGACAAAUCUGCUGAUGUUGACAUCAAUGUUCCAAAGCUACAAUCACCUGAAAUGAGUAUGAAUGUGGGUGUAUCUGAUGCUAAUUUAGAAGGGCAAGGCAUAAACGUUAAGGGCAGUUUGAUGAACCCUCAGGUAAAAGGGACUAUUGGAGGUAGAGUAAAGGGGAAUACAGAUGCAGAAGGAUUUCACAGUGUAGAGAUGAAUUUGCCAACUGCAAAGCUUAAUGUACCUAAAGUAAGUUCUUCAGAAGAGACAACAGUAGAAAAAGGCAUGCAUACAGAUGUUUCAGUAUCAAGUGCAAUAGAAUACACUGAGGGUACUGUAACAUUUCCUAAAAUGAAAGUGCCAAAAUUUGGAAUAGCUUUGCCUCAAGCAGAAGGAAGGGAGAUGGGUGUGGAUGUAGGGUCAGAAGAAUUAACUGCUAGUGGUAAUGUUAGCUCAAGUCUGGAGGUGCAGUGCCCAGAUUUAAAAGGCAGUGGUGGGAAAGUAAAAGUCAAAAAGCCACGAUUCUUUGGAAAGUCUAAAGCUAAGGGUGGAAGUGCAGCUGAUCUUACUUUUCAGGGACCUGAAGUUGAAAGUACAAUUGAGGGGGGGGUAAAAGUAUCUAAAGGAUUAAGUGCAAGUUCUGGGGAACUCAUAGGUGGAAAGAUGGUAGAGGGGAGUUCUGGUUUAAAAAUUUCACCCAAGAGUAAAUCUGCUUCACUUGAUCUUUACAAGAAAUCAAGGCAUCGUUCUUCAUCACUCAGUGAUGAAGGAGAACUUGCUUCCCCCGCUUCUCUUGAAGGGCAGUUACAGGCAGAAGGUGGUACCAUUUCGAUGGAUAUUGGAGGGGCUAAAGUUAAAGGCAAAAAAGGAGGGCUGAAGUUUGGAACAUUUGGUGGGUUCGGCUCAAAAUCCAAGGGUUCAUAUGAAGUGACACUUGGAGAAGGUAGUGAAACAAGGAUUGAAGGGGCUGGAGGAGUUGCAGCUCCUUCCAAGAAGUCUAGAGUAUCCUCAACAUCUAGCAGUGAUAGUGUAUCAAAGGGUGGUUUUCGCUUACCAAGGCUUGAAAUUGCUGUUUCCCCCAAGAAAUAGUAUGUUAUGAUAUGAUUGGAAGGCACUAAUGAUUUGCAAUUCUAUAUGCUAUGAGCUCACACACACUCUAAUGCUUUAUAUUAGACAUCAUCUUUGUAAGACUCAUCUAACUACAGUGCACUGUCGAAAAAUGUAUACAUUUUGUUCAAUUUCCUUAUAGCAUUCCAAAUAUUAGUCCUUUUAUUUUGCUGGGGAAUAUGUCGUGCCUUUUAACUGUAAAUAAGAGAAAUCUGUAUUGUAAUUUUCAUUAUCAUUUGUAAAUAGAAAAAUAAUUGUCUACCAUCACAUUAUCAUCUUCAUUUUCUAUUUUCAAUGUUGAAAUGGCAUAUGUGCAUCUGAUUUUAACACUUUUAUUUUAUUUUAUUUUUUUUUUUUGGUGAUAUGAUUAUAUUUUUGUAUUUGCUAAUCUUUAGGGGAACUGGUUAAGCAAGCAUUUGUCAUAAAUAUUAUCUGUAUUGUUAUUUUACUGUUCACAGGUUGUAUGUGCCUUUCAUAUACAGUUUCAUCAAAACAAACAAACCCAGAACGUUUAAUAUAAGUGAGAUUUAUAAUUUUAAAAUUCUCUGUAUUAUACUUAAAACUGAAUUUUUUUAAAGUGACAGUUCAUCUAAAAGACAUUUUAUAUUUUAGACCUGUAAAAAUGUAAAUAAAGUGCUGAUACAUUCUAAUACAUUUGAGGAAUUUUCCUUUUUAGCACCAAAAAAAACUCAAUUUGCCUAUAUCAUUAUGCAAUCUAUACAAACGUGUAGAGAAUUUGUAUCUGAUGAGACUGUGAAUUUGCACAAAUCAUGAAACCAAAAACAGCUUCUCGGUCAUUACACCACCACUGCCCACCCCCACUAAAGCUUUCUCAAGCUCUCAUUUGACCUAGUAAAUGGCUGUGAUGGAAUUUGUUAAUUUUUUUAUUCCCUGUCAUUUGCAAAACCAAAUAAAGUAUUCAGUUAUCA